CUCCGACAUUUCAGCCAUGGCGGCCUCGCUCUUUGCCACCCGGCGCACGUUAGCCUCGCUGUUAUCCCGCCGCUCUCGUACUUCCCUUUCCGCUCUGAUCCACGGCCUCAACGACCACCACCAGCAGCCCGCGGCGGACCGGUUCGCAUCUCAAACCCGGUUCAGCUCGUCGCGCACCGGCUAUUCUCCGCUGAACGACCCGUCGCCCAACUGGAGCAACCGGCCCCCGAAGGAGACGAUUCUCCUCGACGGCUGCGAUUAUGAGCACUGGCUCAUCGUGAUGGAGUUCGAUUCCGAUCCUAAGCCCACUGCCGACGAGAUGGUUAAUGCCUACGUCAAAACCCUAGCUUCCGUUGUUGGAAGUGAAGAAGAAGCGAAGAAGAAGAUAUAUUCUGUGUGUACAACGACGUAUACUGGGUUUGGAGCUCUGAUCUCCGAAGAGCUUUCCUACAAAGUCAAAGCCCUUCCCGGUGUCCUGUGGGUGUUGCCCGAUUCAUACCUCGACGUUCCCAACAAGGACUAUGGAGGUGAUCUCUUUGUUGAUGGCAAAGUCAUUCAUAGGCCACAAUACAAGUUCACUGAGAGACAACAAAACACGAGGAGUAGGCCUCGCCCACGACACGACAGUCGUCGUGAAACAAUGCAGGUUCGGAGGGGAGAGGCCUCGACUCCCGAUCUGCCGCCUGCCGCACAAUCUGGAGCGUCAAACCGUGGUGUUGGUGGAGGCAGUGGCCGUGCAUGAGGGUUAUACUUAUUUUCUCUUUACAUGAUGCUUAGGAGUUAGGAUAGAGAAAGCUUUUGGAUUGUUGCAUCUUCUUCAUGGUGAGUGGUUGUGCACUUAAACAUGUCACACUUAGAAAAAAUUGAGGAUGCAGUUUGCAAAUAUUUUGAAAUAGUGAUUUCAACUUUUAGCUGCA